AUGUUUACUUUCAGUCCUCUCCAGGGCGCGCUGUCCGAAGCGACAGCGUCCCAGUCAUUGUUGGAGCUGGAUGGUGGUGUAAAGGUCCUCAUAGACCUUGGAUGGGACGAGACAUUUGAUGUCGAGAAGCUCAAGGAGGUCGAAAAACAAGUUCCCACAUUAUCAUUGAUACUUCUUACGCAUGCGACCGUACCGCAUCUCUCCGCAUUGGUUCAUUGCUGCAAGAACUUUCCACUCUUCGCACGAAUUCCAAUAUACGCAACACAGCCAGUCAUCGACCUCGGCCGGACGCUUAUCCAAGACUUGUAUUCGUCAACUCCAGCGGCAGCUACUUCGAUACCAGACAGCGCAUUGGCCGAGGCCUCAUAUUCGUUCUCACAAACACAGACUAGUGGACAUGGCUUUCUCCUCCAGGCACCAUCUCCUGACGAGAUCGCCAAAUACUUUUCACUCAUCCAACCCUUGAAGUAUUCACAACCUCACCAGCCUCUCGCGUCUCCGUUUUCGCCCCCACUCAAUGGCCUGACUAUCACGGCUUACAAUGCCGGACAUUCACUGGGAGGCACAAUAUGGCACAUCCAGCAUGGCAUGGAGUCGAUAGUGUACGCGGUCGAUUGGAAUUUGGCCAGAGACAAUGUCUACGCUGGCGCUGCCUGGAUGGGUGGCGGACACGGCGGAGGUGGUGCAGAGGUCAUUGAGCAGCUCAGGAAACCGACAGCACUCGUUUGCAGUACGCGGUCGGCAGAGGGUGGCUUGACGAGAGCUGCGCGAGACCAACAACUGCUGGACACCAUGAGGAUGACUGUAUCCAGAGGUGGUACAGUCUUGAUACCAGUGGACUCAAGCGCAAGGGUGUUAGAACUGGCAUACCUACUCGAGCACGCUUGGCGCUCAGAAGCCAGCACUGAGGGCGGCGGGCUCAGCACUGCGAAGCUGUACUUGGCCGGCCGCAGCGUUCACAGCACUAUCAAACUGGCAAAGAGUAUGUUUGAGUGGAUGGACAACAGUAUUGUGCAGGAGUUUGAGGCUGGAGCAGACCAGGGCUUCCGGAGAACAAACGGAGCAGGCGGUAAUGCGGAUGCAAAGGGCAAAGACGGAGGACCCUUCGAUUUCAAAUAUUUGAGGUUGCUGGAUCGCAAAGCACAGGUUCUCAAGCUAUUGGAGCCCUCUGAUGAUGAGCUCAGAGGGAAGGUUAUCUUGGCUACCGACACGAGCCUCGAGUGGGGCUUCUCCAAGGACGUAAUUGCGGCCAUCGCCAGCGACUCCAAGAAUAUGGUUGUUCUCCCAGAGAAGCCUGCCGAAAGCUCGAAGAAUAAUCCGUCAAUAUCACGCCAAUUGUGGAGGUGGUGGAAGGAGCGCAAGGAUGGAGUAGCUGACGAGCAGUUGAGUGGGCCUGGCUCUGCUGAGCAGGUAUUUGCCGGCGGUAGGGAGCUACAAAUCAGGGAGUCGAAGAAGGUUCCAUUGGCAGACAGUGAACUAUCAAUAUACCAGCAAUGGCUGGCAACUCAGCGGCAGCUCAACGCUACGGUCCAAGGUGGUGGCGCGUCGGCUCUGGAGGCCUCUGCGGAUGUAGCCGACGAUGUGUCGUCCGAGUCAUCAAGCGACUCUGAUGACUCGGAAAACGAGCAGCAGGGCAAAGCACUGAACGCAUCUACAACCCAGGCCAGCAGGAAAAAAGUUGUGCUCCAGGACGAAGACCUCGGGGUCAUGAUACUGCUGAAGAAGCCAGGUGUCUACGACUUUCCGGUCAAAGGCAAGAAGGGACGCGAAAGAAUGUUUCCCCUUGCUGUUCGACGAAGGAGAAACGAUGAAUUUGGCGAACUGAUCCGGCCGGAAGACUACUUGCGCGCCGAGGAGCGGGAGGAGAACGAGAGACCGGACACGCAACAGCUGCAGAGGAGUGACGGCCAGGAUGGGUUUGGCCAAAAGCGAAAAUGGGACGACGCAGGGUCCAGAAACGCUGCAAAUGGGCUGAACAGGCGUGGACAGCGGGGUCAAGCCGAUGACACAGAUGCAGCACAAGCGACAUCAGGGCCUGCUCCGGAUGAGCUGGACCUGGUCGAGGAUGUCGAAGAGGAGGUGGUUACGGGCCCUGCGAAGCUUGUACACACAUCGAAAACCGUCUCGGUCAAUCUGCGCUUGGCACUGAUUGACUUCUCGGGCCUUCACGAUCGCAGGAGUCUUGCAAUGCUGAUCCCUUUGAUCCAACCGAGGAAACUCAUUCUGGUGGCGGGUUCCGCGGACGAAACGGAGGCCGUAGCCAACGACUGUCGCAGAAACGCAAUCGAGGUCUUCACCCCGCCAGUCGGCGCGGUUGUCGAUGCAUCGGUUGAUACCAAUGCAUGGGUAGUGAAACUUGCGGAUCCACUAGUCAAACGACUCAAGUGGCAGCAAGUUCGCGGGCUGGGCAUUGUUACGGUCACCGCGCAGCUCACAGCAACGCCCGCAACACAAAAGAACGGCAUACCGCUGCUGGUUGCAGAUGAAGAUGGUGCGAACAAGAGACAGAAGACCAAAGCUACGGGGCCCGAAGACCAGGAAUCGGCCGCCGAAGAUGAAGAGGUGGGCGUCAUGCCCACACUCGAUGUGCUGCCCGUGGCUAUGGUGUCGGCAUCGCGCUCGGCGGCUCAAGUACUACAUGUUGGCGAGCUGAGGCUUGCGGAUCUGCGGAGGACGAUGCAGAACUUGGGGCACUCGGCGGAUUUUAGAGGAGAGGGUACACUCCUCAUUGACGGAACGGUCGUCGUUCGCAAGACUGCAGCCGGCAGAGUCGAGAUUGAAAGCGUGGGUGUCCCAGGUACUGGUGGCGGGCCGGCUGCGCGGAUGGGUGGUACAUUCUAUGCUGUUAAGAAGACUAUAUAUGAUGGCUUGGCUGUUGUCGCCGGGGCAUGA